AUGCAGAUGGAGACUCAAGAAGAGACGCACAGGUGGAUGAAAUUGAAUCCUCCGUCGCCUAUUCGGACGCCGAAGCUUGUUGGCGAUGAGAUGGACUUGGUCUAUGACUGCUCUGACGAAGACGACAUUGUGAUCGAGAACCAUUCGACGCCAACAGUCUCCGAAAAUACGGCACUGCGGCUAUUUAAGGGAAAAACUGCCGAGGAGAUGGACGAAGAGCGUCAACAACGCUUUCAGCAAGCAAUGGACGAUACAGAAGAGGAGAUUUCGUGCGACCUUGUGCUGUUUGCCAUGGGGUUCGUCCAUCCGAAGCAGAAGAUCGCGGAGGCUCUUGGGCUGGAGGUGGACCAGCGCCGCAACAUUUGA